UACGCUGAUUAAACUACAUGUCAUGUCAUCUCGGUAAAAAUGGCAGAUAAGAAAGGAAAAACGGGCAAUGCCAAGAAAAUGUCACAUGAACAAAUUGUGUCAGGCUUCAACCAGUUACGGCAGGAACAGAGAGCACUCGUUACCAAGAUUGCAGAACUAGAGUCAGAUCAAAAUGAACACAGGUUGGUGAUAGAAACUCUACAGGACGUUGACAACGAUAGAAAGUGUUUUCGUCUGGUGGGCGGAGUCUUGGUAGAAAGGACGGUCAAAGAUGUUCUACCUGCAUUAACACAUAAUAAAGACCAGAUUGAGCAGCUCACGAAGACCCUGACCAAACAGAUGGAGAACAAGGGUCGGGAGAUCAAUGAGUACAGGGAGAAGCACAAUCUCAAGGUCAGAGGGGAGCAACCUCCAGACCAGGCACCAACAGAGAAGUCGGAUUCAUCAGGGUCAGCGGGGGUUUUAGUAUCUAAGGACACGUAGCUUUUGUAGAUUCAUUACGUGCCAUCCAUCCUCUUUCACAAUCAUACACAGAAGUACUGGUAACUCUGCCUAAGUCGAAUGUCUUGGGGACCAGACAAAAUCUGUUCGACUUGAGGAAAUUUGACUUAAAAGAGGUUUGUUUUGAAUAAUCUGGGCUAAAAAAUGGCUUUGACUUUGGCGAUUAUCCAACCUAUGGGAAGAUCGGCUUACCCGUAGGCUAUUUGAAGUUCUGCAUUGGCAUUUUAGUGUUGGUGACGGAUGAUUUGUUUUUUUACAGCAAGGCUCUGUGACAUAAGGUACCUUGCCAAAAGUCUGCACAUUUUUAGCAGUCCUGCGGCAAAGGCACUAUGCACCUUUUCAUAGUGGCUUUCCUGCAUUUGUUUAUGAUGAAGUGUGAGAAUUGGUAACGAAAGGCUGCUUGUGGGAUUCCUGCGCAAAGGAUUGCAGUUGUUCGCAAUAUUGUAAUAGUAACAAUGCUGCUUAAGAUCAUAAUUGCAAAUGCGUUUUGUUCAAAAUACUAACCCGGAACAAAUGGGUGGUGGUGUUUACAUUUGCAAUCCAUCGCAAACGUAGGUGUAAAAGAGCCUAUCUUGGCGCCACAUUGUAAAUGAAGCUAUUCAAUUCAUGAGACAGAUCUCACUAGGUGAACAUUGAGCUUUUGUCAUAGUGAUUUGGAUCAUUUUUGUCAGCAAACAUUAGGCAUUGGAGCUAGGAGAGACAUUGUGAAUUGUGCUUCGCACACCAACACCAGCAUUGGCACUGUACUUUAUAGAUUAACAAUUUUGAUGAUGAUGAUAAUUAGGCAACUUGUCAAAGGUAUAUGCCGCGUUUCAAACAGUAGUCCCACUACGUAGUGGCUUUGUGUCUUUUCAUAGCAGCUAUCCCGCAUUUCCCAUUGUUAUCGUCUAUGAUGAAACAAUACGAUAAUACAAUACAGGUUACAUUUAUAUAGCGAAUUCCAUUGAUAUUUCAAUGUGCUUUACAUUACAUACAUGUACAAUAUAUCAUGUAAUACAUUAGAAUAUGAUAAUAAGUCUAGGGAAAAUAUAAAUCAACAUUUACUACAUAAUAGUAAUAGAACUAAGAAGAAAACAGAAAUGUCUUUAGUCUUCUUUUGAUUGGUAACAACACGCCACUUGUGGGAUUCAUGAAAGAGAAUUGUUGAUCCCUCUUUGACAAGUGGCAAAAAUGUGCUAAUUCAUUAUUUUUUAAAGAGUUCUCAUCUCUUAGAGGCCAUUUGGAAAACCCUUAUGAAAUAAAAUUUGAGAAUGCCACCUUUCUGAGGAAUGUUAGCUGUACUAUUGCCAUGGUUUACUACUGUGAGAUAUUGCCUGUGUGAUAAUAAAGACAGCACUUGCAGCGUUGCAUUAUCCAGGCAAGCUUCCCUCUGAAAUAUCGAAGUGAGAAAAGCUAGAAUCUUGAAAAAUACAAAAUAAGCGCGAAAUGCUCAUUCCUUUGAUACCAAGCUCAAUAUGGCCAGGCAAACAUAUUUGAAGAUAUGUUAUAUUUGGGGAUUUGGCAAAUGUGCCGUAUGUGUUGAAUAUCCUCCUAGCUUUGAAAAUUAAAAUGCAGACUCCAACUGCAGGUCACCAUGUAGUGGUCAAUUUAUCAAUUCAUUCACUUUGUGGUAGUUAGCACAAUACUCAUAUCUUUUUUUAGGAAUUUCUUUUAUCAAUACAAAAUUAUACAUUAUUUAUGAGAAUGCAAUAUUUUCCAUCUAAUAUUGUGAAAGUGGAUGGCUGGCAACCAUUUUUUUUUCUUUUUAUGCAUGUGUGAUAUAUUCUGGUUAGGGAAUAUUAUAUUUGUGUGUACAGUUGUUCAGUAAGGCUGCGUUUAAGUAAAAAAAAAAAAUCUUCCCAAGAACCACGUGUUGAGGUGAAAAUAUCUUUUUCAUAUUAUACUGCUCAUGCAAUCUGUACACGAUCACCAUUGAGUCUGAAAAUGCGUAUAAAGGUUGAUUUGGAAAGUGAUUCUGCCUGAAUGGCAUAGUCACUGGAAUGCUAUAGUUAUCGAGGACCUGAAAUGUGAAAGCCUAUGUAGUAUGUCUAGCAUUUGAGUCAUGGAACUCCUUUUGGAAUGCUCCCCAGGGAGUGAAGAGAGUGCAUAUUGACCGGGCUGAUGAUAUACUUGUAAAGUGCUGAUAGACGUUCCAAUGUAUUAUGUGCUAUGUAAAAGCAUAUUAUUAUUCUUUAUUGAACAGUGUUUCAAAACUUAAAACCUGAAUUCAAUAUACAAAUAAUGAAUGUUUAUGAGUGCAAAGGACAGAAUUAUGAGGUGAAAGAUAAAAUGAUCCGUUCAACAAGGCGUAGCUGAGUUGAGUGGAUCAUUAUUUCAUCUUUCACCGAAUGAAGUAUUCUGUCCAUAGCAUGAAUGAACAAACAUUCAUUAUUUGGUUUAUUUGACACCUAAAAAUUGAUAUUUUUUUUCAUAUGAAAUUUAUGAAUUUCGAUGCAAAACAUGCUCAUGCAGUGAGAGUUCAGCCUGUUGAUUGUUACGUCAUUACAACAUGCGCACUGCUGGUGCCUGCAGCUGCAGUCUCGGUGCGCGAGUGCAAUGGACAAAAUUGUUUUGAUACAAAAUUGCAUGGUUGAUGACGUCAUUGCAAAAUGGGCUGAAUGAACGAUAUCAAACAACCAAUCAAAUCACAAAGAUCUAUCUAGGUGUCAUAUAAAUUUGCAUGAGUGCAGCUGGGAUUAGAUCAGCCUCGUUGCAUCUAUCUGCGUGAAGGCUGGAUAAGAGAUGUGAUGGAACCUUGGUGGGGCAUUUUGAUUUUUCAUAAUGUAGAGGAGUUUUGAAAGGGGUCCACCCCUCCCCUUCCUUCAGGCAAACACAAUAAGCUAUCAUUACCAUGUUGUAGAUUUGCACUACUGGGUAAUGUUUUAUCAUAUUAAAUUAUAUUAUCCACUGUUAUGUGAAAAUCAGUGCAUACCAUAAUCAUUUUCGGUUAUAUCCAUGUGGUGGAUUACUUGAGUUGUGUACUUAAUUUUUUCUAUCUAUUUAUGCUUUCAAAAACACCUUCUGGCCCUUAAGGAAUUUAAACUAGACGACUGUUCCAAUUGUCGUAAAGUUGUGCAUAACCUACAUGUACAUGUGCAAAGAUGUUUCUGACAUAGACCUUGGUUUGCAGUGGCGGGUCUAGGAAAAACAUACAGCAAAAUCGUACACAUUCUUUUUCGUCUACAUCAACAGUUAUCCUAAUUUGAGUUCACAGUGCAAAUAUCUUGGAGAAUUCCCAUAAAAAGAUCUAGUAAUUUGGAGAGUACCUACGUGUUCUUAUUUGUGCAUAUUUUAUUUCAGACCAGGGAUUUAGUAUGGGCUGGCUUCGAGGCCACAUUUUGCAGGUCUCGGCCUGAGUAACGUGUACAAUGUCUAUGGAAGGUCUUCUCCAGCGGCCUUGCGGCUUGGGAGUACCGGCCUUGACUACAUCCCUGCUUCAGGCUAAAUACAAACACUUGACUUUCAGACUGGCAAAAUGCCUGUAUUUUCUUUAAGGAUUCCUGAUCAGAAAAGGUUUUUUUUCUGUGAUCAUUAAAGGUCAAGUCCACCCCUGAAAUUUUUUUAUUUGAAUCGAUAGAGAAAAAUCAAACUACUGUAGCAUAACGCUGAAAAUUUCAUCCAAAUCGGAUGUGAAUUAAGAAAGUUAUGACAUUUUUAAGUUUCGCUUAUUUUUCACAAAACAGUUAUAUGCACAUCUCAGUGACUUGCAAAUGAGAAAGUCGAUGAUGUCCAUCACUCACUAUUUUUUUUUUUUUUAAUUGUUUGAAUUAUACAAUAUUUCAGUUUUUGCAGAUGUGACAAUAAGGACCAACUUGAUUGAACCAUAUAGUAUUAAAACAAUGCUAAUUCCACAUGUUUGGGGAGAAAUUAAUAUUUGUUUCACUUGACAAUGAGGAAAAAAUUUGAAUAUUUCAUAUUUAAUGCAAUACAAAAGAAAUAGGGAGUGGAUGACGUCAUCAGUCUCCGCAUUUGCACACCGACCUGUUUUGUGAAAUUAAGCAAAACUUUAAAAUGUCAUAACUUUCUUAUUUUACAUCCGAUUUCGAUGAAACUUUCAGUGUUAUGCUUGUUGGAUUUUUUUUGUUUUAUUCAAAUAAACUUUUUGUUGGGGUGGACUUGUCCUUUAAGGUUGGUUAUGAAAGAGAGGGAUGAUAUUCCGUAGCAAACACAUUAUACUUGUAUUGUAUGGCAUUGAUUUCUGAAUAUCGGCCUCUGCCCUGUGGUCAAACUCUUUGUAAUGCUUGAUCUGUACAUAAUGUAUGUUAUAUAUUUCCUUAAUUAUAAUUACUGAAACAAAAAUCAGAAAACCACUAAAUUCGAUCAGUAACUAUACAUGUACACGCAAGAGUGUAUCGAUUGAUGAUUAUGCUCAUUCACUUUUGUAACACUGUUUUUUUUAAAUAUCAUUUUAAUAAAUGUGUGUACUAAAUGAAAUAACUACAAAAA